AUGUUAGUGCUCAACUUGCGGCCUGGCACCGCCAGCGGCUCCUCUCGUGAUGUAGCGCACCUGAAGGCAGCCAUUGUGCGAUCAAACGGUUCGCAGUGCGAUUGCCCAGAGUGCCGGCCCCCCGGCGACUGUGGCAGCGCCGCCGCUCAACCCGCGGAAGCAGAGGCCGCAGAACCGGGGCGCGACCAACAACACCAGCAGCUUGACGAGCUCCAGAAACAGCUCGAGGAGCGACAACAGCAGCUAGAGGCGAAGCAGCGGGAGCUUGAGGAGCAGCAGCAGCCGGCAGAGGACGAGACAUCUGCCAGCCAGGAAUGCCCGCCGUGCCAAGCAGCAGAAGAGGCAGCCAAGUGCCCCGACCCGCCCGAUUGCCCCAAGCCGACACCCUGUGAGGAGCAGAGCAACGGGGGGGAGCGCCAGGGGCAGGAGGAUGAGGCCACGGUACAGGAGGGCGAGGCAGAACAGAAGAAACAGGAGGGUGCGGCAGAGGAGGGAGAUAGGCAGAACGAUGCAGCAGGGGAGAACCACGAGUCGGCUGUAUGCCCCAAGUACGACGCUGCCAUCCAGGAGCGGCUGUGGCAGUACGACCCUUUCCUGCCGGAGCGCUCGCUGCGGCAGGGCAUCUACAGCAUGGGGGAGGGCUCCCGCAUGCGCCGCUUCACCGACAAGCUGCUGGCGGGCAAGCCCGUCUCGCUGUCGGCGGUGGGUGGGUCGGUGACGGCAGGGCAGGGCGCUGCACACGGGCAGCCCGUCAUGAACCGUAUCUGGAACUGGAUCCUGGAGGUGUCGCCCCAAGCACAGGCGAACCACACGCUCAAGCACGGCGCCUUUGGGGGCAGCACCUCAGGCCAGUCAGCCACCAUCUUCACCGUGUGUGUCAACGACAUGGUUCAGCCGGACGUGGACCUGGUGCUGGUGGAGUUUGCCGUGAAUGACCCCAAGGCCACGGGCCGCUUCCGCGACCCCGACCGCCUCAGCUUUGAGCGCCUGCUGCGCAAGCUGCUGGAGUUUGAAAACAGGCCGGCGGUGGUGCUCCUCCAACACUAUUCGUGGUUCACUGCUGGCGGCGGGGGAGAGAAGCGAGCCGACUAUACUUAUACUGCAGAAAACGACUUCAAUGUGCUGGCCCAGUACUAUGGGCUUCCCGUUCUGUCCAUUCGUGCGGCCGCCUAUCACCUCAUGCUGAACAAAGUCAAAGGGUUCCAGGCCCACGUCGCAUACAACAGCCACGAGAAGGAGGAGGAUGAGGACAGCCUGUUCUUUUUCGAUGACAUGCACCCCCAGGACCGCACAGGCCACCGCGCUCUGGCGGACCUGUUUGUAGGCUUUGUCCGCGCCACCGCUGAGGCAGUGCCUGCGCCCAUGGUCCCAGGCAACCUGCAGCGCAACUCCUCCACCUGCUUGCUGCAGCGUAACUUUGAAAAGGUGGUGGUGGCGCAGCAAGGUUUCGUGUGGAAGAACGAGCGGCCCGCUGCAGACGUUUCCAAUCAAAAGUGGGGUUGGAUUAGCGAGCAGCCGGGGUCAUGGGCAGAGCUGGCAAUGGACACGACCUCAGUCCUGGAGGAUGAUCUGAAAGUGGACACGAACGAGGUGAUCAUUAGCUUCCUCAAGUCAUACGAGCACAUGGGCAAGGCCAAGGUGCAGUGCGUGGCCAACUGCACGUGCCAGGAGUCGAUGCUGGAUGGCCACUGGACAGAACAGGCGUCCCUCACAGAGCUGCACCGCUUCCAGGCCUCGCAGCACAAGCAGUGCCGGGUCAAGGUGACGGUUCUUGACGAGACCUCCAGCCCUGACAAGGGCAGGAAGGUCAAGCUGGUGGGCAUGAUGGUGGUGGAGGGCGGCUUCAGCCUGGAUGCCAUGGGCGUACAGCUAGAUUUAUUUGCCAACCGCGGCGACAAGGAUUUGCGGAUGAGUGAGGGUUGA